GACCUUUGGGGGCGCUGUGCGGCCGCCUCCUCGUGCGCCUCACUUCUAGUCCCGCACCCAGGGAGCAAUCCCUUUCCACCCUGGGUGGCUGGAAGCCUGUCAGCCCUGCGAGGCUCUGGCCACGUGUCCGGAGGGCGUUGCGUCCAGUGGGACCCUCCUAAGGUCCUGUUUAGCAUGAAUGUGAUUUGGAGAAAUUGUAUUUGUCGUCUGAGGCAAGGGAAGGCGCCGCACAGAUGCCAGAGUGGUGUCCACCCGGUGGCCCCUCUGGGGUCACGGAUUCUAACUGAUCCAGCCAAAGUUUUUGAGCACAACAUGUGGGAUCACAUGCGGUGGUCUGAAGAAGAAGAAGACGCAGCUAGAAAACAAGUAGAGGAAAACUCAGCCACACGAGUUGCUCCAGAAGAGCAAGUUAAGUUUGAACGCGAUGCUAAUAAAUACUGGGACACAUUUUACCAGACCCAUAAGAAUAAAUUUUUCAAGAAUCGCAACUGGCUGUUGAGGGAAUUUCCUGAAAUUCUUCCAGUUGAUCAAAACUCUAAAGAGAAAGUGGAAGAAUCAUCCGAUCAAGUCGGAAGUAACUUCUCAAGUAUGCAGAGAACGGAAAUGGAUUGUCAAAAGAGCCGUGUCUCAUCAGCCCCUUGGAGCGAAGAAAGAUCUAACUUUCCCAACCAAGACUUGGAAGAACACAGCAAAGGGCCUGGGAAGACAGAGCGCUUUCCUGGUAGCAAGGCCACUUUCCGAAUACUGGAGGUUGGCUGUGGUGCUGGAAAUUGUGUUUUUCCAAUCCUGAACACCUUGCGGAACAUUCCAGGAUCCUUUCUUUAUUGCUGUGAUUUCGCCUCUGAAGCGGUAGAGCUUGUAAAGUCGCAUGCGUCCUACAGUGAGGCCCACUGUUGUGCCUUCCUCCACGAUGUGUGCGAUGACGGCUUGGCCUACCCUUUCCCAGACGGGAUCCUGGAUGUCGUUCUCCUCGUCUUUGUGCUCUCUUCUAUUCACCCUGACAGGAUGCAAGCUGUUGUUGACCGACUGUCCAGGCUGCUGAAGCCUGGGGGAAUGCUAUUAUUUCGGGAUCUUGGAAGAUAUGAUAAUGCUCAGCUGCGUUUUAAAAAAGGGCGUUGUUUAUCUGAAAAUUUUUAUGUCCGAGGAGAUGGUACCAGAGCCUAUUUCUUUACGAAAGGGGAAAUCCACCGCAUGUUCUGCAAGGCUGGAUUAUAUGAAAAGCAAAAUCUGGUCGAUCAUCGCUUGCAAGUUAACAGGAAAAAGCAGGUGGCGAUGCACCGAGUGUGGGUCCAGGGAAAGUUCCAGAAGCCAUUGCCCUGGACUCAGAGGAGCUGAAGUUAGCAUGUUCACCCCUUUCUCGUGACUGAGCUGUGUGUCGUAGUAAGGUAUGAAACCAGGGUGAGAUGUUGGCUUCUUUGCAGAGCCGAUGAGAAGAGCGUCUGCGGCCCUGAUGCUCUGCUGUCUGGGCUCUGAGGACAUUCUAAGUGCCCAGAAAUGACCUGAAGGAUGGCCGACCCUUGUUGUUUCAAAACUUGAAAUGCAUGUUUGUUUGAUCUUGUUUCAUCUAGCCACGUUCCCUUUGAAUUAAAUUACUGACAUAAGGCAUAUAGUUUUGGGAAUUGUAACCUGUCCAUUUUUUUUAGAAGUGGAAAAAAUUGUCUUCUUUAUUAUUGGGUGUGGUAAAGCACUCCCAAAGAGUCGAACUCCCCUCUCUGUCAGUCAGUAGCAGGGAGCAGAAUGCCUUGCUUUUAGGGAACUUGCAAGCCCAGGAUGAAGGUUUAUUGUUUUUUGUUUUGGUCAAAUAUAUUUUCUCCAAACCCCCCCCCCUUUUUUAUCCCUCUCCCCGUACUAAUGUCUGAGAUACAAUUUUGGUUUCUCUUCCUUUCCAAAGAUGGGGAAGCGUGGCCCCUGUCAAGUCACUUUCGGGCUCUUCUUAGAUGUGCAGCUCGCUGAGACACAUGUCAGUUUUCAUGCCAGCUCAACACAAUCUAGCCUUGCCUGGGAAGUGUCUCCAGAUUGUCAGUUGUCUGGGAGUUUGUCUUGAUUAUGUCAUCUGAUGUGAGCAGAGCUGCCUGUGGCAGGCAGUGCCAUUCCCUAGGCUGGAACCCUGAACCGAGGAAGAGUGAAAGCAAUGAGCUGAGCACUGGCUCACCUGGGCUCAUUCUCUCUCUGCUCUUGACUGUGGAUGUGACCAGCCACUUCCUGUUCCCGACUACCCUGUUGUAACCUGCUGGACUCUAAUCUGGAUUUGUGAGCUAAAAUAAACCCGUCCC